AUGCCCCCCAAAAGUUUGACAAUGCCAAUUUAUGACGUCCUGCGUUUAUCCAAUAAUGGAAAGAGCUAUCACGAGCCUUCUUCUUCACAAGUUACUCAUUUAAGUCGUACAAAAAUCCCAAGAGUCGCCGCAUCGUCCGACCCAAGAUCGCCAUGUCGACUCCGAAUAUCCACGUCCUUUUCUUCGCCAUCUUCGCGAGCCUCCUCUCCUCGACAUGCUGCGACAUCGAUCGGCCCCAGCACGACGUCGCGCUGUUCGUCUUCGGCGACUCCCUCAACGACGCGGGAACCAAUAACUACAUAAACACCACCGCGUCUUUCAGGGCAAACUUCCCUCCGUAUGGCGAGACUUUCUUCCACUAUCCGACCGGCAGAUUCACCGACGGUCGCCUUAUUGCUGAUUUUAUUGCUGAAUAUGCAAAUCUGCCGCUGAUUCCACCAUAUCUCCAAAUGAAAGAUGGUGAAUUCAUGGGAGGUGCGAAUUUCGCAUCCGCCGGAGCUGGUGCUUUGGUUGACACUUACAAAGGAUUUGUGGUGGAUUUGAAGAUGCAGCUGAAGCAGCUUCAACAACUAGAGAAGAAGCUGAGGAAGGACAUGGGGAGCGAGAGGGCGAAGAGGAUAAUCAAGGAGGGUGUUUACUUGAUUAGCAUCGGAAGCAAUGAUUGCUUUCUCUUCUUUAAUCCUGCUCUGUUUCAGUCCAUUUCCAUGGAAGAUUACGUGGGGAUGGUGAUCGGAAACAUCACCACUGUGCUCAAGGGAAUAUAUGAAGUAGGAGGAAGAAAAUUUGCAAUGAUUGGAAUAGGGCAACUUGGGUGUGUGCCAAGCAAGAGAGCAUUGACCAGAAAUGGUGCUUGCGCAGGCGAAGCCAACAAGAUCGCAAAGCUUCACAACGUUGCUCUUACUUCAAUUCUGGCAAAACUGGAGACUCAACUCCAAGGAUUCGAGUACUCCUACUUCGACUUCUACACUUCAGGCAGUGAGAGAAUCCAAUACCCAUCAAAAUAUGCUGAAUAUGCAAAUCUGCCGCUGAUUCCACCAUAUCUCCAAAUGAAAGAUGGUGAAUUCAUGGGAGGGGCGAAUUUCGCAUCCGGUGGAGCUGGUGCUUUGGUUGACACUUACAAGGGAUAUGUGGUGGAUUUGAAGAUGCAGCUGAAGCAGCUUGAACAACUAGAGAUGAAGCUGAGGAAGGAGAUGGGGAGCGAGAAGGCGAAGAGGAUAAUCAAGGAGGGUGUCUACUUGAUUAGCAUCGGAACCAAUGAUUACUCUCUCUUUCUUAAUCCUGCUCUGUUUCGGUCCAUUUCCAUGGAAGAGUACGUGGGGAUGGUGAUCGGAAACAUCACCACUGUGCUCAAGGGAAUAUAUGAAGUAGGAGGAAGAAAAUUUGCAAUGAUUGGGAUAGGGAAAUUUGGGUGUGCGCCAAGCAGGAGAGCAUUGACCAGAAAUGGUGCUUGCUCAGGCGAAGCCAACAAGAUCGCAAAGCUUCACAACGUUGCUCUUACUUCAAUUCUUGCAAAACUGGAGACACAACUACAUGGAUUCCAGUACUCCUACUUCGACUACUACACUUCAGGCAGUGAGAGAAUCCAAUACCCAUCAAAAUACGGUUUUAAGGAAGCGAAAACCGCGUGCUGUGGUUCGGGUCCUUAUAGGGGUAAUUUUACCUGUGGAGGCCAGAGAGGAGUGAAGGAAUACUCACUAUGUCGUCAUCCUGAAGAGCACGUGUUCUUUGAUUCUGGCCAUUCAAGUGAGAGGGCUAACCGACAAUAUGCGCGGUUGAUGUGGAAGGGGAGUCUGAGUGUAAUCAGACCUCGCAAUCUGAAAGCAUUGUUCAAGCAUGAGGGCGCUUGAUUCUCUCUCUUUUUUCCCUGAAAUCGUGGGUAAAUAAUCACAUCUCACUUGAACAUCAUAUUAUGAAUAACGAGGGAUGAUGUUGGAUUGAUUGUAUAAUUGCACUUUUGUUAAAGAACGAGGAUGUUCAAAUGAGCCCUAGUAUUGCUCAAACGUCAACGCACUUGAAUUCCUUAAAUGUUUUGGUAAAAGUUCGAAUAAAUCAGGUUCAAUA